AGUUUCUUCUGAAAAUCCGAAGAUCACCAAGUCAAAAGAAGAAAACGAUGAGCGUGAUCACAACUCCAAUAGAGACCCUGCACCUAAAGUCAGCACUUCGUCUUCUACCACGAGCUGUUUAUCGCAGUCAACGGAUUCAAGUUUUCCCGCCCAACACUUUCUCGAGCUUUUCUUUGAGUUCUCCACUUCGAAUUGACCCAAUCUCUCAAGGGAUCGGAUCGAGGAAUUUGUGGCGUAGAUAUGCAUCGGAUAAUUUCUCGGAGAUGGGUUUAGAUCCUGAAGCUGAUUCAGUUAAGGUUGCUGAGAAGGCUUCUAUAGUGGAUACAAUGAAGAAAGCUAACUCAAUUCUUCCUCAUGUAGUCUUGGCGAGUACAAUAUUAGCUCUUAUCUAUCCUCCUUCUUUCACUUGGUUUACGUCGAGGUACUUUGUGCCCGCUUUAGGCUUCUUGAUGUUUGCUGUUGGUAUCAAUUCAAACGAGAAAGACUUUCUUGAAGCUUUCAAAAGACCAAAAGCUAUUCUCCUUGGUUAUGUUGGACAAUAUCUCGUAAAGCCAAUCCUAGGUUUCAUCUUUGGCCUAGCUGCGGUCUCUGUUUUCCAACUCCCAACUCCAAUUGGUGCUGGAAUCAUGUUGGUUUCAUGUGUUAGUGGAGCUCAGUUAUCAAACUACGCAACUUUCCUAACUGAUCCAGCAUUGGCACCUCUUAGCAUCGUCAUGACAUCUCUAUCAACCGCUACUGCAGUUCUUGUCACACCGAUGCUAUCGCUCUUGCUCAUCGGGAAGAAACUACCCGUUGAUGUAAAAGGAAUGAUAUCUAGCAUUCUUCAGGUUGUAAUCGCACCAAUAGCUGCGGGCUUGCUACUAAACAAGUUGUUCCCGAAAGUAUCCAAUGCAAUCAGACCAUUUCUCCCAAUUCUAUCAGUUCUUGACACGGCUUGCUGCGUUGGAGCACCACUCGCAUUGAACAUAAACUCGGUCAUGUCUCCAUUUGGAGCCACCAUAUUGUUACUAGUAACAAUGUUUCACCUCUCAGCUUUCCUCGCUGGAUACUUCCUUACCGGUUCUGUCUUUAGAAACGCUCCAGAUGCUAAAGCCAUGCAAAGAACGUUGUCCUAUGAAACUGGAAUGCAGAGUAGCCUUUUGGCUCUAGCGCUUGCGACUAAGUUCUUUCAAGAUCCUCUUGUGGGGAUUCCUCCUGCUGUCUCUACGGUGGUAAUGUCAUUGAUGGGGUUCACUCUUGUUAUGAUCUGCUUAAUCCAUGACCCGAAUACACUGUCGGGUCUUAUCGGAACCGGUUUGAUAGCGGCUACGUUCAUCACGGCGGGACCAGAUGCUACUGCUAUGGCGGCGUUGGAUUCUCUUCAGCUAAGCGAACCGGCUAAUGCGUUGUCUUUACCCACUUGGGCUGUUCAUGUUUCCAGCGUUGUCGAAUGGAUUACGGCGAUGGCGUUGGUAUGGAAAUAUGGAGAAAGAAAGGGUUAUGAGUCUUGGAAAGGUCUCUCAUGGGGAAUGGUACCUUUGCUUGGUGGAGCUCUUUGUGCAUGCACAUGGCAUUUCUUCUACAAUGAUGAAUCUCUUGAGGUGUUGGUCGCGCUUCAGGCAGCACUAACUGUAAUCGAAGUACAAGGAAUAUCUGUUUUCCCUUUCUACCGACGGGAAUCUGAGUGUAGCCUUCUUGGAGAUUCUUGGUGGUGAGAGGAUCUUCGAGAAUUGUCAAUGUGGUAUUAGCGAAACGAUCAUGGUUUAUAUUUGUAGAGAUUGAACCAAACAUGAUUGUAUGUUCCUGACUCCUGAGUAUAUUCUUGAUGAGUUAGACCAAAGCAUAAUCUUAUGUGAGCAUCCUUCUUCUGUAAUCUUUGUAGCACUGAACUUUUUUGGGUCUUAUAGACAGUUAGACUUGGAUGAUAACUAAGAUUCUUUUUCAAGUCAAUUAAAUUCAUUAGUUAAAU